AUGCAUGCCUGGCGCCCUGUCUACACCAGCUACAUCAUCUCCUGCCGCCUGUUCCCCCGCACCGUCGCCAAGCAGGGAAGGCAGCACCGGAGCCCCGACCGACCGAAGCUUUACUAG